CGCCCUGCGGAGUCCCCAGGGCCUCCCGACUCGGUUCUGCAAAGGAUAACCGGGUCUGGGAAGCGGGAGGGCCUCCGCUCCGACGUCGUCCACCAGCGGAUACUCGUUUAUCCGCUCGCAGUUUGGGCUUGAGCGAGCCUUCCUUGAACGUGUGCAAGGACUGGGCACUGAGCAGCUAAUUUCUGCUUCCCAAGAUGGAAGAAGACGCUAACCAGUUAACUACGAAGGAGCUUUUGGACAAUGUCCCGAUUGCGGAAGAUGAAAGAGAUGAACCAGAGGCUCCAGAGUUCCAGGCUGAAUUUCUUCCUCCGGCAGCUGAGAAGGGUGCCGACUCGGGAGGCCGCCGGUAACUAUGCCCGGGCGGGCCCCUUGCUCCCCGCCCCCCAGCCUGGGCACCCCCGGCCGAAAGGUGGAGCCGGGCGGGGGCGAGCAGCGCGCGAGGGCCGCCGCUGUCCUUCCGCAUUAAGCCCGGGGAACGCCGAUGCUGACCCAAGUGGGAAGAAAACAGCCGCCCCAGCCAGGUUCCAGGCCUGCGGCCUGCGGAGGCCCUUGGGCCGCCUGGAGACGCCGCAGGAGGAGAAAGAGCGGCUCGGUCAGAAAACCAGAGGAGAGCUGCGUGCUUGCCGCCAGAGGAUAGAGCUCAUCGCCAAGCAGCAGGCGAGCGUGGCGGCCGAGGUGGCUGCAGGGAGAGAGGCCAACAACACCGCCUCCGUGGGCCGCCUCCAGGCGGUGUCCAGACGCCUGUGCACAGAGCUGGACGACGAGAGAGCCCUGCAGUCCCAGCUCAGAGCCGCGUUGCUGAAGAGCGAGAGCGCCACGUGGCACAUUGCGAUCCAGAAGGGACAGCUUGAGGAUGUCCAAGCGUCUGCCCAAGAGGAGGAAGCAGCUGCCAGGAAGGGCCUCCGGGCGCACGCGGCCGAGCAGCUGCCCCGCGAGGAGGAGGCCCUGAAGAAGGCCGAGAGGACCCGGCUGCUGAGGGUCAGGAAGGCCAUGCAUCUGCAGAAGGAGCACGGGCUCAGGCACCAGAAGCUGGUGGAAGACGCCAAGAAGAAUCACAAGAUCGCGGUGAAGUUCCUGAAGGCUUCCCUGGGAAGAAUCCGCGAGCAGGAGAGGGAGAAGGAGAUGGGGUCCCAGGAGCACAUGAAGAGGCGCAUGGACGCCGUGCUGGCUUUGAAGAACAGUAUCAGUGCCAACAGGGAAACACUCCGGAAAUUUCAAGCAUGGGGCCAGGCCAGGGCAGAGCUGGCUGAGCAGAAGGCCCGGGCCCAGAAGGAGAUGAUUCUGGCCCAAGGUGGGGACGCUUUCAGACACCUUUUCCAUCAACGCCAGCGCCAGGAGCUGGAAGCCCAGAACCGCGCCUUCGAGGAGCAGCAGAGGCUCAGAAAGCAGGAGAUCGUAGGUCGGAUUCUGAAAGAAGAGGCUGCGGGAGAAACCAGGAGGAAGAGGCAGUCUUCUCCCACCAAAGCCACGGGCCGGCUGACCCUGAGAGAUGAGACAUGGGGCUACAUCUCAGACGUCUGCGAGGACAGGGGCACGGUGGCCCUUCCCCGCAACCUGCCGCAGGACAGCGAAGCGGUCUCACCCCCCAGAGCCUCUCAGUUACUGGAAGCCAACUCCUAUGAGUCCGUCCAGGGGGACUCGGGGAGCAUCACCCGGGAACAUGACACGCUGGCCGAGCCGGAGAUCCCCAGGCUCUGGAAGGAAGACUAUAAGCCGAACCAGGUGCCCAAAGAGGAGGUGGACAGGAAGCCCGUGGGCGGGACAAAGAUGGACAAGGACAUCCUGGCGCGCACCAUGGAGCAGCUGCGCAGCAGGGUGACCCACAGGCAGGUGGCGUCCGGGCACGAGUUCAAAGGUCGCCCCUUCAAUAGCAAACCCAAGCUCGUCCACUUCAAGGACUUCGACGUCGGCAAAGUGUACAAGAAGAAGAUCACGCUGAUAAACGCCACCUACACCAUCAACCACUGCAAGCUGGUGGGCGUGGAGGAGCACCUCAGGGACUUCGUCCACGUCGACUUUGACCCCCCUGGUCCCAUGUCAGCCGGGAUGUCCUGCGAAGUCCUUGUCACCUUCAAGCCCAUGAUAAACAAGGAUCUGGAAGGAAGCGUCUCAUUUCUGGCUCAGACGGGUGGAUUUUCUGUUCCACUGAAGUGUUCCACGAAGAAGUGUAUGCUGUCUCUUGACAAGGAGCUCAUCGACUUUGGCAGCUACGUGGUGGGUGAGACCGCCUCCCGGAUCGUCACGCUGACCAACAUCGGAGGUCUGGGCACCAAGUUCAAGUUUCUUCGGGCAUCGGAGUCCUGUGAGAUGGACAUCUCCCAGUCGGUCGCGAAAACAAGCAGUCUGUUCACAUAUGAAGAUAAAGGUAUUUACGAUAAAAUCACCACCAGCUUUUCUGAGCAAAGGAUUGAGGGCAAUGAGUCCCCUCCCAUAGACAUGACAAGCCAGAAGGAGUCUGGGAAGCCGGACGGCAAGAAGCAGGAGGAGGGGCGCCCUGCAGAAUCAGAGGGAGUGACCAUGAGCACUGUGAUGACCAUACCUCCCAACGAGGAGCAGACGGAGAUCUCUCUGGGAGAGGUGGCAGAGGGGGAGAUUGGCCCCUUCGGCUCCAUCAAAGUGCCGGUCAUCUUCACGCCCAUCAUCCCAGGAGCGGUCUACACCAAGUUCAAGGUCGUGUUUAAGAAUCAGCAGUGUCCCACGUUAUAUUUCAGAGUCACAGGCGUUGCUAUCGAUGUGCCCGUGUGGGUGCCAAAGCCCAGCGUAGACUUGAAGAUCUGCAUGUAUGACCGGCUGUAUCAGGACUCCAUCCUCGUCCACACACGGUCGAAAACGGCCCUGCGUCUGAAGUUUGAAGUGUGCAAGGAGCUGAGGGGCCACAUGGAGCUCCUGCCGGAGACGGGCUACAUCCAGGCCCAGUCCUCCUACACCGUGCAGCUCAAGUUCCUGCCGCGACACUCCCUCCCAGAAGAUGCAGGGAAGUAUUUCGACAAGGAAAGCAGAGUCCUGGAGGCCCCAAUGACAAUCCGGGUGGCUGACCAGAUCAAGCCGGUGGGGUUUACGGUACACGCAGUGGUCACCACCUCGGACCUGGAGCUCAGCCCCUCGGCAGUGGACUUUGGCCACUGCACCGUGUACGAGGCCGUCAGAACCCAAGUCAGCCUCUGCAACCUCUCCCUCCUGCCCCAGGGUUUUGGGUUCGUCGGGCUCCCCAAGUUUGUGGACGUCCAGCCCAGUGACGGGUUUGGGACAAUCCUGCCGCUGGAAACGCUGCAACUUGACGUGAUCUUCCAGCCCACCAAGGCCAAGGAGUACAACUUCGAGCUCGUCUGCAAGUCGGAGAUCAACCGGUGCUUCAGGCUGUCUUGCCGAGCCGUGGGCGUCCGCCCGCCCCUGGGGCUGUCCCACUACCAGGUCAAGUUUGCAGCCACGUCCCUGUACCACACAUCCGUGGCCACGCUGUACGUCAUCAACUCUCACGUGAGCAUGAGCUCACUGACUCACUCCGCUCCCCGAGUCGGCUCCGAGGACGUCCCUCCCGUGGGGCCCACGACCUUCGAGUUCCUGCCGCCCCCCGACUCGCCCAUCACCAUCUCGCCCUUGGUGGGGACCGUGCUGCCAGGAAAGAGGUGCCUGGUCCAGGUGGCCUUCCGGCCCGUGCUCCCCACCAAGCUGAUCCUCCAGGAAGCCCUCCAGACCCUGACCAAAGAAGCAGAGGUCAAGUCGCCCUGCAAAGACACGGUCACCCAGAGGAAGGACCUAAGGAGACAGUCCUCCACGCUGCGGCUGCAGGGCCGGGACCACCCGCCCCGGGCCUCCACCACCCAGGCUGCCAAGCUGCAGAAACUGGACCUCAAGCCCAGUUCGGACGAGUACCAGGCUGCCCAGGCCACCCUGGCCAGAUCUUUCCAGGGGAGGUUUGACAAGUUUGUGGUUCCCUGUGUCGUUGCCAGUGGUGACACUGAAGACAGGAAGGGGACGGAACCCCUGAGCUUCAGUCCCCACAAUACCCUGUACCUGGAGCUGUGGUGUCCAGCCGUGGCACCGUCUCUCGUGGUGGCCUCCGACAAAGGCAAAACCAUCUUCAACUUCGGUGACAUCGCUGUAGGACACCGUGGCAUAAAAAAGGUCUCCAUCCAGAACAUCUCCCCCGAGGACCUCACCGUGGAGUUCUCUGUGCUGAACCCCAGUGGCCCCUUCAUCUUGCUGACCCCCAUCGGCAAGCUGCCUGCAGGCGAGACCCAGGUCCUGACACUGUCCUUCUCUCCCCGGGAGAGCAUCUUGGCCCGAGAAACACUGGACAUCAUCACCAAGAGAGACACGCUGUCUCUGACCCUCGUGGGCACUGGCGUGGCAUCCACGAUCACGUGCUCCAUUGAAGGGGACGUCCUCGACAUGGGUUACGUGAUUGCCGGAGAGUCUGCGUCCUCAAGCUUCAAGCUGCAGAACAGCUCGGCGCUGCCCAUCAGGUUCUCCAUGCAGCUGGACAGCCUGUCCAGCUCCAGGAGGGGCAAAAGCCAGCAGCGGCUGCCGCAGUUCCUCGCCUUUCCGGCCCAGAGGACUGAAGUCGUGGGCACCCAAAACCACGGCGGCCAGAGCGUGUUCAGCGUGAUCCCCGUCGAGGGCGUCAUAGACCCCGGCAAGACGCAGGACUUUACCGUGACCUUUAGCCCGGACCACGAGAGCCGUUACUUCUCCGACAGGCUGCAGGUGGUGCUCUUCGGAAAGAAACUCUCCCACCAGAUUCUUCUGAAGGGCGCGGCCCGUGAGCACAUGAUGUUCGUAGAGGGUGGAGACCCCCUGGACGUGCCUGUGGAGUCCCUGACCGUGAUCCCCACCUGCGACCCUGAGCACAGAGAAGAAGCCGGGGAGCCGAAGCCCAUCCUGGUGACCCUAGAUUACAUCCGGCUAGACACAGACAUGCCAGCCCCUCCUGCCACCCGAGAGCUGCGGGUGGGCUGCAUCCGGACCACCCGGCUGUCUCCAAAGAAGACCGUCGAGUUCAGCCUGGACGGCGCCGCAUCUCUGCAGCACAAGGGCUUCACCAUUGAGCCCUCCAGAGGUUUCGUGGAGCGUGGCCAGACCAAGACCAUCAGCAUCUCCUGGCUGCCACCUGCAGACUUUGACCUGGAUCAUCCACUCGUGGUGUCAGCCCUGCUGCAGCUCAAGGGGGAUGUGAAGGAGACUUACAAGGUCUUCUUUGUAGCCCAGGUGGUGAGCGGCCCCUGAAGCCACAGGAGUCUCUCCACGCACCUCCUGCUCUCUCUUGAAGCCCUCCUGUGGUCCGCAAACCAGGCCAAGCCACCCGCAGGCCUGGGACCUGGGCAUCCCCUGCUGGGCAAAUUCAAACGUGCAGCCCUCUUCAUGGCCCUAUGGCCGGGGCACCCCAGCCCUGCAGGCAUGGCUGCUUCCUGCUGACCUGGACCCAGCAAGUCUAGAGGCCAAGAGCACCCCUCCCUGGCCCCACUGAGAACAAGGCAACAAGGCCCAUCCUACCCACACGUACUCUUAACCCUGAGCUCCUCAGAGCCCCCAGCCCCACCAGUACCCUCCUGCCCAGCCUUUAGAAGCCCUGGUGCGGGGAAGAGCUGCCCCCACAAGUCUGCCAAUAAACCUUCUGAGCUGCUUCGUA